CCCUACAUUUAGAAAAACUUUUCUCCGCGCUCUCACUAGAUUCUCUCUCUAUUCAAUUUGGGAAAUAGAAAAAGAGAAAAAACAAAAAUCAUCAAGAAAUGGCGUCAAACCAAAGCACAGAAGGAGAUUCAAAACCAGAUGAUCAACAGAUUUUCGAGACUAAACUCAUAGAUUACAAUGGAUUUCAAUUACGGAUCGUCGCUCAAGAUAAGAAUGGACCUUGUCCUCUCAUUGCUGUCUGUAAUGUUCUUCUAUUAAGGCAAAAGUUCCACUUGGUUAGCUUAACAGUAUCAGCUGACACAUUACUUGAACAUGUUGCUGAUCAACUGUGCCAGGGUGCUGCGUCCGUUGCUAGGGAUCAAAAUCAAGAUUUAAGCCAAGCUUUAGAGGCUCUCCCUCGCUUUAGGACUGGGAUUGACGUCAAUUUUAGAUUUAACAAGAUUGAUGGUUUUAUAGACAUGCCAGAGCUUGCAGUUUUCCGCCUUCUUAAAAUUCCACUUUAUCAUGGCUGGAUGGUUGAUCCACAGGAUUCUGAUACUGCAGAGGCAUUUGGAUCGAAGCCUUACAACAGAAUUAUUAAAGAGGUUGCUGACUUCCGCGCAAGAUAUGCCGGGGGUGAAGAAAAGAAUGUCCUAUUAGAAGAUGGUGGUUUCCACCAGAAGGGGAAAGGAGAUUUAGAAGAACAAAAAGCUCUCCAUAAAGCCUUGGCAUUGUCUUCAGUUUCAGAAUCCGCUGAGCUGGAUGAAUCUGGGUGUUCUUUGCAUCUUGACAAAGCAGGCCACCUUAGUGCUUGUGACAUUACUGCGAUUCUUGGUCCAUCUGCAACUAAUGGUGUCAACUCAAGCAUGGAUGUCAGAGGACCUGUGGAUGAACGUGAGGUGGUUGUGGCCAAGCAAGUUGAAAGAGUCUGUGAAAAUGAUUCUGACAUAGAUCUUUCUCCUUUCAUUAUUAGAGCAAGAGGAUUGCUGAUCGAUACGUUUUUGGAAAACAAUAAAAACCAAUUGACCAUUUAUGGUCUUUGUGCUCUACAAGAAGGUCUAGCGGACGGUGAACUGUGUGUCUUUUUCUGCAGCAAUCACUUUAAUACCAUGACAAAGUGUAAAAAUGAGCUUUAUGUCUUAGUUACUGAUCAAGGCUACGUUAGCCAAACUGAUUUGGUGUGGGGGAAGUUAAAUGAGGUCAAUGGGGAUACAGUUUUCUUUACAGGCGACUUCAAAAUAUUUAGGCAGGAAGCUUGGAUUAAGGACUCUUGGGAUGAGCAGAAAGCAUUGACCGCGACAAAUAACUAUCUUGCUAGCAGUAAAAGUUCAGCUCUAAGUAACGAUGAGCAACUUGCGACUGAGUUUCAAAGGAAAAAGUACAAAAGCAAGCUGCAACGUCGACCUACUUCAAAACCUGCUUCAAGAGUCACCACUGGUCUCCAGGUCGAGCCUGGUCACCCAGAAGAUCUAUUUGAUGGUGCAGAUGAUUACUGGAAUGACUCAGGAUUCUGAAGGAAGUACACUCUCACCUCCUAUAAAACAUUACAAGACCCAUGAAAGCUAAUAGGAACAGUCCUAUGAAACAAACGUUUAUGAAUCAGUUGGAACUUGUCAUGUUUCUUCAUCUUCUUUCAUUCUUUGUCUUUGAAUCUUGGCGUGAUAGUAAUUCCUCAAGAGCAGCGUCAUUAGAAUUGUCAUAUAGAGGCGUGAACGCUUUUAUUUAGGUUUUAUAGGCUCAUUUUCUAUACACCUCCAAGAUUAUUUUUUUUUGGUUUCCUCGUCCUUUAGCAACAUAUUCCUAUAUCUAGAAACUUCUGAGUGCUGAUGUAAGAUGAGAUGUGGCAAAUGAAUUUUCCUUCAAGAUGCUUGUGAA